AUGAUUAUAUUUAAAAGAUAUGCUGAAUUUGUUUGUCUAUGUAAAAACAGAAAUGAGGAAUGCUUAAUCUUAGCAAAUGCUAUUACCUAUAAAGAUAAUAUAAAAGAAGAAGAUAAAAUUGAAGGUAUAGAAAUUAAAAAAUAUAAUAGUUGUCAUUUUAAUUUAGAAGGCAAAAAGAUAUGGAUAUUCAAAGAUUUAAUUGAUAAUAUUAAAUUUUAUUAUAAAGAAAAUGAAAAUAUCGAAAUAAAUGGUAUGUUUUGCUUUACUCUAACUAAUUAUGAUAAUUGUGAAGAUUCUAUUUUAUGCAUAAUAUUAUGUUCUUAUUUUUUAUUGUUUUUUUCUAUAAAAGAAUUAUCAUUUUUACAUUUUACCACAUUAGAAAAAAAAAAUUAUAAGGAAAAUAACAUUUUUAAUUGGUUUUUUAUAUGCAUCAAGACAGAAUAUUUAACACCUGUGCUGUUCAUACAAGAUAAAAAAGAUGAAAUAUAUAUGUACUUUUUACAGGAAUAUAUUAAAAGUAAAGGAAUAAGGGGAUAUAAUAAGUGUUAUUUAUUCUUAAAUGAUUAUUUAGUUUCUAUAGAAAAAGUUCCUAAUAUAAAAACAUAUGAUCAUCUUGAUUUGAAGGAGAAAGAAAGAUUUGCCUCUUCGCAAGAUAAAAAUGACAUUUUAUUUGAAGAUGAGAAAAAACAAAACACACAACAAGUGGAUUCUUUAAAAUUAACAGAUGUUAAUACCAAAAUGGUGGAGGGUAAUACACCAUUUAUUUUAAAAAAAAAUAAAACGUAUACUUUGUAUAGAAAAAAAGAAUAUUAUAACACAAAAAGAAGUGAUCAGAUUAUGGUAAUAGAAAAUAAUGUAAAUAAAAAUUCAAUAUAUAAUAAAAAAAAAUAUGAAGUAUUUACAAGUAAUCACAAAAUAAAUGAUCCAUAUUCUAAUAUAUAUAAUUAUUAUAAUAACCAUCAUUACAGAUAUAAUUAUUUUCAUCAUUUAAAGUACAAACAAAAAGGCCUAAAUGACGAUAAAAAGAAUAAUAUACACAUAAUAAAAAAAAAAAAUACAUUAAAUACUUGUGAAAUUUUAAAAGAUAAUUUGGAUUCUUAUCCAUAUAAUAUAAAUAAUUCUUUUGAAGGGAAAAACGAAAAAGGUAUUACAUUGAAGAUAAAAAAAAAGAAAAGAAAAAUUAUAUAUAAUAAAUGGUUAAAACAAAAUAAUUUGGAAAAGGUGUCACCACACCAUUUUAUUGUAAAUAAUAUUAUAACAUAUAGUUUUGAUGAAAAAGAAGAAAGAUGUGAUAAGAAAAAUGAAAAUUCCCUUUUUGAUAAUUUCAACAGUAGAAUGAUAUGUACUUAUUGUAUACAUUUUAAUAAUAAAACAAGCUAUUGCGUAUCCCUAAUUUUAACAACAAGAAAAUGUACUUUUUACAUAUUUAAAUUAUGUUUUUCAUGUUAUAUGCUAAAAUAUGGAUAUUGUAUUAUUGAUUUGUCAAAGGUUUGUCUAAUAAAGUAUGUUUUAUUAGAAAAAGAGGUUAAUGAAUAUAACACAAAGAUGAUUCAUAUAGAUAAUAAAAUAAGAAAAAAUUAUUGUAAUGAUAUGAAUUGUUAUAGAAAUAGCACAUUAUAUAACACAAAUAGUUACAACGAUAUAUACCAAGAAAAUGAAAAGAAACUUUUGGAAUAUUAUGAUUUAUCAAAUGAUAACAUUAAAAUUAGUAAGAACUAUUUUAUAGGUAAAAAGGUUGAAGAUAUUAUAUACACUUAUAAUAUAUCAAAAACAAUGAACAAAAAUAUAUUAGGUAUAGGAACUAGUAUGGGAGAGUUAUAUUUUUAUAUGUUAUCAUAUAAAAAAGAAAAAUUCGUAUGUACCUUUUUAAAUAAAUGUUAUUUCAAAUUUUCUUUAUUAUCCUUUCUAUGGUUAAAAAAUGAAAGAAAGAAUUUAUUUUUAUUUCAAGAUAAUUGUAAUAAGAUAUAUAUUGGUGAAUUAAUAAUAAAUAAUAAUAAUAUUCCUACACAAAAGGACAAUAAUUAUGUUAUAAUUUAUAAUUUUUUUAUAAAAUUAACAGGAGACGACAUAUUAUUUUAUACUAUUCCUAGAGAAUUUUUUUGUAAAAAGAAAAAAUGCUUGUGUUAUAUUUUUUCUUUGGAUUCUUUUUUUUUAACCUUUAUAUGUAGGAAAAACAAAUUUUAUGUACUAGUAUUGAAUUUGUAUUUAUCACCUUUUUUCAGGUACUCUCUAAAUAAUAUAAAGUUAAAUAUAUUUAUUCAUAACAAUAGAAUUUAUCAAUGUGGACACAAUAAAAAAAUAAAGAAUAAAAUAAAAAAUAAUAUAAUUAAAAAUAAUAUUAAUAAUAAUAAUAUUAAUAAUAAUAAUAUUAAUAAUAAUCAUUUUGGUUAUCAUCAACAACAACAUUAUAAUUAUUAUUAUUAUUAUGUUUAUUUUUUAUCAGAUCAGAAAAAUAUAAAAUUGAUCGAUGUAGUAGAUGUAAUAAAGAAAAAAAGACAUAGCCUAUUGUUUUCAAACACAUUUGUAGAAAAAAAAAAAAAAAAUGUAUAUGACAAUAGAAUAUUAUUAUUACAAUUUGUUUUAAUUCGUUUUUAUUCAAACGCAUACUUGUAUAAUAAAAAAUUUUGUGAUCAUGCUCUUCAAUUGAGAAAUGUGGAAGAAUUAUUACAGUUUGAUUGUUUAUUAAUAAAUAUGGGAAUAAAAUUUGGAAUUAUUUAUAUAUUUAAAAAAAUAUUAAGUGCCUGUUUUUUUAAGAGGAAUAAAAUUGUUGUAUUAAAAAGAAGGGUGGGCAUAUAUCCUUAUCAAAGUUCUAAACAAAAUAGAAAAAAAGAAGAAAAAAAAAAUUGCUUGUGUUCUUCCAUACUGAUAUUUUAUGCUAUAUAUGAAACAUCUAUAAUAACUAAAAUGAGUAUCAAAUUAAUAAGGCAAAAAAUACAUCACGUUUUUAUUCAUCCUCAAUUGAAGGAUAUUUUAUUUUUUUGGUCUAAUGAUAAGGGAGGAGUAUUAUACUAUGUGUCUUUGAAAAAGGAGAAGGAACAAAUUAAGAGUGAGAAAAAUAUUUUAAAGUUGAAUUUUUUAUUUCAGUUAGUAAAAAAUAAAAAAAUGAGUAUACCCAUUCAUUUAAUUGAAUGGAUUACAAAUAUGGGGAUGAAUAGAAUUGAUGAGAAAAGAAGCAACGAUAUGAUAUCUCUUAUAUUAUUGACAACAUAUUACUUUCUUAUAUUUGUGUUUGAUAAUUUGAAAGGAGAAAUCAUUACCAUUCAAAAGAUUAUAAAGCUAGAUUUAAGGAAGGCUUUUCUUAGUAACGGCCUCAUAAUUGAAAGUUUAAAAAUAAAAAAAAGGAAAUUAACAAGAGAAUUUCCAAGGGAUAUAAAAAAUGUAGAAUAUAAUGAAGAAGAGGACCAAAGAACGGAUGAGAAAAAUGAAGGUAAUAAUAAAGAAAAUUUUAGUGAUAUAACUUUUGCUCUUUCAACUAAUAUGCAUAUAAUACAUCUAUUCAGUUAUAAUUCUUUAUAUAAUGACGAAAAGGUAUAUAUAAAAACAAUAAAAAGAAAAGGAUUUCAUAAUAUUUAUAAUAAGAAAACAAAUACAGACAAGGAAAAACAUAUAAUUUUUAAUAUAUCAUCUAAUUCAUUAACAUAUAUUAAACUGCUUUCAAAAAUUAAUUAUUAUGACACUUCACCCCUAUGGAUAAAAGUAAAGUAUCAUAAGGAUUUUGUGGUAAACAAAAUAAAAAUAAAAAUAAAAAUAAAAAUAAAAAAAAAUAUAUAUAUAAAAGCAAAUGAUAAAUAA